GUCUUUUGCACCUCAUAAGCUUCGCGACUCCGCAGUUUGCCCAGCACCACACGUUGCAGCCUGGCCCAGGGCGAGAUUCUCACACCACAGUCGGCGCACGCAGUAGCCCACCAUGAUUGUCAACAUUGUGCUGGAGCAUCCGCACGAGCACUAUACCAAUCUCGACGUCAUACAAGGCAAGGUAUUCCUGCGCGUCCCGAAUCCGACCAACAUCAGCAGCAUCAUCGUGAAGCUCGAGGGCGAGAGCAGGACCCGGCUGCUAGCGCCCAUACAUCCAAACAGGCCAGACAAGCAGAGGCCCGUCUUGGAAGUACACAAGUUCCUGUACAAGACGCAGGUGGUAUGGCCAUCCAAUAUGCUCCCAGAGGAUCUCGUCCAGAAUUCAAAGGCUGCCUAUACCAUCAAUUCUGGCUCGUUUGAGUAUCCCUUCCAGUUCAAGAUCCCCCUCAAUACACAGUGUCAACAGACGAAUAACCCCAUCUCCAACGUCUCCUUUUCGAAUGCGAUUCCCGAGUUUGCAAAGACACCGACACAGCACGUAAAGGCGACGCUCCCGCCGACUCUGGGUGGCUUUCCGGGCGAGGCGGAGAUACGUUACUAUGUCAAGGUGACGGUGAACAGGCCGUCGUUGUUCAAGGAGAACCCACGAGCAGUUGCAAACUUUACGUUUCUUCCGAUCGAGCCGCCGCGACCAGAAAAGGCAGACGGUGAGGCAUACGCCAGAAGACAACAUGAGUUUCUAGAGAAUACGCCGGGCAUGAACAAGAUACCGGGCUUCCUCGCUGGGAAUAAUCCUUCAGCGGGCAACAUGGCUCCACGUGUGGCCGUUGACGCGCGAUUGCCGAAUCCUGCAAUUCUUACGAGCAACCAAGACAUUUCGCUGCGGCUGCUUGUCAAGAAUGUCAGCGCCCGCACGAAGAACAUAUAUCUGCAGAUGCUGCAGAUUGAGCUGAUUGGAUACACGCGGGUAAAAGCACACGAAGUGUCGCGCACAGAGUCGAACAGCUGGAUAUUGUGUUCGUUUAGCAACAUGGCUAUACCAAUUGGGUCGCCGUCUGACCCUCUUGAGACUGAAGUUCCCAUCAAUCCUGAAUACUGGUCUGGCAAGCCGGUGCCCAAUACAGUGUCACCGAGCUUCACAACUUGCAACCUUGCGCGCUUUUACGAGCUGGAGGUGCGCGUUGGUCUCGGCUACGGGAGCUACAAGCAUGGAGAGGAUCAGCUCAUCGUGCUGCCACUGCGGUUGCCAGUCAAGGUCUACUCGGGUAUUGCGCCUCCAAAGGCAUUGCUAGAGGCUGGAUUCAACCCAGGAGCAGCAGCAGCAAACCCGGCCGCAUUGCAAACUCCCAUGCAAGGACAGACGCCGCAUGCUCCACCCUCACCGUCUGUAGGCUUCGGCAACGCCAACGCGUUUGCAGGUCAACCAGCACUACCUCCCAAUAGACCGGUCUAUGAGGAUGCGCCUCCGAGUUACGAAGAUGCGGUUGGCCAAGAUCUUCCGCCCAUCAAUGGAUAUCGUGGCAGUUACCAGCCGCCGCCUGUGCCCGAGGGCGCGACGGGUUUCCCAGACGAAAAGAGACGGUGAGAGAUUUAUCAUUCGGCGGAACAAAGAGGCGCCGGCCGCGGAUCGAGACGGCUGGAGCGUCGAAUGGUGAUGAUGUGCGAGGGGCUGGUUCGAGCAGCGGUUCUAGAGGGCCAUACAAUGGUCAGGAAGAAGCUAGGGCCGUUACAACACGCACAAUGACACGCAGGAGUAAUGGUGGAGACAUGCAGGAGCCGGGAGAAUGGGUUUUACCUUGGUAUCCAAUGAUUAUACUUGCUAAUAGCCUUGUGGAAACAUGAGCGGGAAGUGGAGCACAGUGACACGCGAUGCUAUUUUACGAGCUUCAUGACAAGACGAGCGACUUUUAAUAUCCAAU